AUGGAUCAUUCCUCCCAAAAUAUCUAUGGAUACACAGAAGAAUGCAGCAGUAGUGAAUCAGGGUGGACUAUGUAUAUAGCUUCACCAAUGAAUAAUGAUGGUAGUAAUGUCACUACUGGUGAUGGUGGUGGUUAUCAUAGUGAUGAGCAUAGAAAUAUUAAGAAAAAGUUGAAGAACAACUAUGAUGAUAGCGAUGAUUCGAUGAAUUCCGAUGCGUCUUCCGGUCCGAAUCAUCGAUACAGCGUUGAUGGUGGUACUAGUCAUUACAGGAAAGACAAUGGGAAUAACAAGUUCUAUUCAUUCAAGAAGAAAACACCUAGUAUGGAGAAGAAAAGAGAAGGGACUAAAGUUGAUAAGAAAAUUGAAGAACCGGUUAUGUUGUUUAAUCCUCCUGCUGCUUCUGUUCCUACUAGUACCACCAAGUCAAGAAAACUCAAAUGGUUUGGCAAAGGUAAAUAA